AAUCUCCAUACCGAAUAAACAUUCUUUGCAAAAACUAUUAAAGAAUAUCACCGUAAUAGAUCUCAGGGUAACAUAAACAUAAAUAUAAAAAAAUGUGUUCAAAAUACCGAAACUAUCUACCACCAAAUAUUGAUUCUCCCGACAUCGAAGCUUGUCAUUCACGAAGAGAUGUCGAUCAUCACGACAGUUUGCCUGAUAUCAACAAUAUUAACUUCCCUAUCGAUACAUUCUUCUGUUCGAGCAUCACACCUGGACCGAAUCGGAUUGGACACAUCAAGUUAUCUCCUUUCGAUGGCGGACAAGAUCAGUCCAACUGAAGACCUUCCGGAUGGGAAAGAAAAGGUCUGUCUUACGAAAGAAUGUCGUAAAAUAGGAAAGUUAUAUGACAUGGCAAUGGAUAAAACUGUCCAUCCAUGUGAUAACUUCUACCAGUACUCAUGUGGUAAUUGGGAAGGAUCAUCGCAGGAUCUAGGAUAUGAAGGAACAGUGCGACAACUAGACAUACUAUCUGAAAUUACAGAAGAUCGACGACAAGCGAUGCUGUGGCAUCCACCGUACGAUACUGAUAUUCAACCAGUUCAACAAGCAAAAAUAUUCUUUCAGUCUUGCAUGGAUUACACUGCACGAGAAGUGAGAGGUAUACGAACUAUCGCAGCAGUUAUUGGAAGUGCUGGUGGCUGGCCUAUGGCCAUGACCACAGAAUACUGGAGCAAUACUUCCCGUACUUGGCAGGCGGUUGACGAAAGUCAUGUACGUUUGGGUAUGAAUAACGCAUUCUUCAGCAUAAAUCCAGGAAUAGAUCAAGGGAAAGAUGGGAAGCCUGUGAUAGUGGUGAAUGCACCGGACCCCGGUGAUUUACCAGUUAUCAGAAAUAAUUAUGACGAUUAUCGAGAGUUCGUUCAAGACGUUCUUGAGGAAUUUAUUCGUUAUGAUAAGGCAACAAUCUCUCCUGAACAAUUAGAGAAGGAUAUUUAUGAUCUGUAUAUUUUCGAGCACAAACUGAACAAGAUAAGAGAAAUAUCAGGUGUCAAUAUCAUAAGUUUUAAUCCACAGCGGAAGUAUUCGGAACAAGAGAUCUACUGGCAAAAAAUUAUUCGACAUCAUUUUGCCCUCAAUAUACUUGAAAUUAACGAGACCUAUCAAGCCUCAUUGGUGGAUCCGUAUUAUAAUCUUCUACCGAAGCUGUUGGAUUCGACAGAGACACGUACGAUAGUUAAUUACAUUCAUUGGAAAUUUGUCAGUCGAACAAUGAGAUAUACUAACACAAAGAUGCGGAACAUAUAUUAUAGAUUUAAGAGGUCCCCAGAUCGUUUGCAGGAAUGUCUUAAAGACACAAAAUUGAUUUAUGCUGAGGUAAACUGGUUCCUGCAGAACUACUUCUCGGAUGACUAUCAGAAAGCUGUUGAAAUAAUAGCGGAAAACGUGCGAAACGAGUUGAAUUAUCAAAUCGAUAAUUCAAAUUGGCUUCAAGAUAGUACUAAAGCAGCAUUAUUAGAUCAAAUUAGCAAUAUUACGCUCUUUAUUGGUGGUCCAAAAUGGUGCACAAAUCAAACGGCAAUCGAAUACCAUUACGAAACGUUUAUAACUUCUCCGGACUACGUCUCCAACAUGUUGAGCUUUUGGAAUUACCAGAACAAGUACAGGUUCAACUUGUUUAGCGGUAGUGAAAAACCGCCAAGUUGGGAUACCUUUCCGCUGACUGUGAGUGCGCACUAUCGAUUAGCUUCUAAUGUAAUCACCAUAACUGCAGGUCAACUCCAAACGCCCUUCUUCGGUUCCACCCUGCCUGAUUAUUUAAAUUAUGGAGCAAUCGGCAGCAUUAUUGGUCACGAGUUCGCUCAUGCAGCUGACGCCGCAAUUAUUUCUCAAGGAUCGCAACCAACGUAUCUAUUUCCGGAACGCAACGUUAUGGAUCUGUAUACUGAGCAAAUUCUCUGCAUAGUGGAGUAUUUUAAUGACCAUUCCAACAAUACAAAAUUAGUUGCACAAACAAGUGACGAAGACUUAUCGGAUGUAAUAGGAAUUCAAGCAUCAUUUGCCGCGUACAGGCGUCUAGGGUACGGCUUCAGACCAACUGGGCAGAUAAAGCUUCCAGGGUUUGAAAGUUUUUCUGCUACACAGAUGUUUUUCAUAGCCUACAGUCAGAACUUAUGCGAAACCAAAGUUACAGGAUCAGGUGAUCCAUGGGCCUAUCAGCACAGUCCAUCAGAAAAUCGCGUGAAUGGUGCUGUUCGUAAUAUGCCCCAAUUCGCGAGAGCUUUUAAUUGUCCAGUGGGAAGUCCCAUGAAUCCCCUACAUAAAUGUAAUAUCUGGAAAACAAGAUUGUAAUAAGUGAUUGUUAAGGUUUUUUCCGGUUUUUCUGGUGAUUAAUUGCACGUUUGCAAUUGCCAUUUGUGUAUUUUUAUUGUUCGAUUUAAUAUUACAUAUGUUCAUGAUUAAGCUGAUGAUGGCAGCGAAAAUGUAUUCGAUUAAUAAAUUGCAAAAUAAAUGUAUGUCACGAUAAA